UGCCGGGUCUCCCUCCUGCACCGCGGCGCGGCGAGAGUUAAGGGCCGCCGGGGGGAGGGCCGCUGGGCGGGCCGGACGGCGCGGCCCCCCCCCCGCGCCCCCCCCAAGCCGGCGAGGAGGCGCACAGGCGGCACGGCCGUUUCGGAGCGGCCCUGGGAAGAUGCGCGUGCCGCCUGCCCGGAGGAGGGGCGGCGGCCGGGGCGGACCCUCGGCGCCCCGCUAGAACGCCGUCCCUGCAGAGCAGGCCAUGCUGCUGGCGCUGCUGCUGGCGCUGCUGGGCCUGGAGGCGCCGGGCGCUGGGGGGGCCUCGGUGGCGGGGGUCUCCCCGGCUGCUCCUCCGGGCGAGGCGGGCGAGGCGUGGUGCCCGUACAAGGUGGCGCUGAGCGGCGGGCGGGAGCGGCUGUGCUUCCGCCGCCCGGCGCGGGGCUUCCAGUGCGCGCCCCGCCGGUGCCAGGCGCACCGCUCCCCCGGGAGGGCCCUGGUGGCCAACGCGCUGCUCAACGGCAGCGUCCUGCUGCAGUGGGCCUGGCCGCCCCCCGGCGCCCCCCCGGCCGGGCCCCCCGUGCGCGGCUUCUCGCUGGCCUGCUCGUGGGAAGGCGCCUACACGCGUUUCCCGUGCGAGGCCGUGCAGCUGGGCGCCGCCUGCCGGGACUACCUGCUGGCCGAGGCGCACGGCGGCGUCCGCUACCGGCUCUGCCUGCGCGCCCUGGGCGGCCCCUCCGGCCCCAACGGCAGUGCUGCCGAGUGCGUGGAGUUCACCGUCCCGCCGGCCGGCCUGCGGGACCUCGUGGUGGCCAUGGCGGCCGUCGGCGGCGCCAUCUGCGUCAUGCUGGUGCUCAUCUGCCUGCUGGUGGCCUACCUGACCGAGAACCUCGCCGCCGCCCCCGACCCGGCCCCCGCCGCCGCCGCCCCCCGGGGACCGGGCUCGGCCAAGAGGGCCCCCUGAGCCGCCCGGCGGCGGCGCGACACCUCCCGGGACGCUCCCUCGGGGACGCUGCGGUCAGCACCUGGACGGCCAGACAGCCUUUGGAUGGAUCCAUGCUCCAGAGGGUGCUGCCCGGAAACGCCUGCUUUCCAUAGAGUUUCUCAUCUGCACUUCAACAACGGGUCGGCGCUCUCAUUCAAUAAGCAGCACUGCUGUCCAGAUAAGAGGGGAAGCUGAUGCCAACAGCAUCCGCAAAGACCAGCAGUAUCCAGAUCCACAUGCAGGGCCUCUUCAUCCAUUGUGAAACGAGCGGUUCUCAGUCGACAAACGGCCCUCCACAUCCCCAGCAGCGACCGGAAAGACAUCUCAAAGGACGAGACCAACGUGUCUCUAUUCGGCUGGCAUCUGAUCACUUAAUAUUCUCGUAACUGGUUUUAGAGAGUUACCAGCAUCACAGACUGAUAAGAGUUGCUCCACAGCUGACGGCGGAACCCCAGAUCAGAUGUAAAUAUGACAUUCCGGGUUUUGAAGCAACUUUUUGGAAGUUUUCUAUGCUGUUGGGAGCAGUGUUCUGUUCGGGUGGGGUAGUUUCCAGCAAUACUCAAAUCUCAAAGCAACUCCCGGUAUGUUUUGUCCUCCAGAGUUUGGUUCUCAGCACAAAGAGAUGGAUCUCUUGGGGGGAAAAAAAGUAAUACCAUAUUUUUUAAAUACACAAACGUUCUGUCCGAAUUCACUUGUUCCAGAUAGUUGUAAGAAGUUGUUUCAUGUCAAAUUCACAUCACUUUUGUGUCACAUGAGGUAAAGUGGAGAUGGCAGACAGUUACUGCGUCCCGUAUGUCUCAAAAGGUCUUUAGCGAUGGAUGGGUUUUUUAGACUUUGCUUCUAAAAAGGCCAGUUGAAUGCAGAUAAGUUUUGCUUGCUGGAUUCCCUGUGGGUCAGUAGCUAGGGAAGUGCGUCUUUUUUUUCAGCCGUAGGUACAAAUCACUUUAUUUUAGGGCCCAACUACGAAUCAUGGAGUUCUGGAACUCCACUGCUGUGUUUUGUCACUCAAGGGCAACCAGGGACGUAGCUGGAUUGGAGCCAAGGGACUAGAGAAGGGAAGGCGAUAUAAUUUUCCCUCCCUGUGCUGUUUCCCUUAUCAAAAACGCCUCCUACUUUUAGCUGGGGGGGGGGGAGGAGAAAAGGAGAAUUUGGAUUUAUAUCCCCCCUUUCUCUCCUAUAAGGAGACUCAAAGGGGAUUGCAAUCUCCUUUUCCUCCCCCCCCCCGCCCACAAC